GCGGACGGGGCGUGCCAAGAAUUUUGCGCAAACUGGUUACCUUGUCUCGGCGAGUGCAGCUGUACAAGACCAAUCCCGCGCAACUGUCAGGCAGUAGCACUCUGUUGCGCGAUUACCGAGAGCAGGCCGACUUUCACCAACGGCGCGUGCAGAACUUGGUGCCUCUGCUCUGCAGCGCCCAUGCGGCUCUGGAGUUUACGGACGACGAGCAAAUGCUGCUGCUCUCCGAACUGCUCCUGGAAGACUUCGGGAGCGCGAUUUGUUUUUUCCAUUUCCUGUACUUCCAGGAUCAAGUGCGGGCAAAUGGGGGCACGAGCCGAGCGCAGGACAACUCGAGCAACAGUGACUGGAUGAAAGAAAUACUGAUUCAAGUCGUCGACAAGGGCCGACAGCUGCUGCACUACCAAUCGAAGCCGGAUGAUCAGCAGGACAGUUCUUCGUUGCUGCAACUACACCCGAGGAGCCACUUUGACCUCACCACGAUGGAGAGCAGUAUUUACCACCUUGUCGACGCAACCACCUCGCGGUUCCUGGCCGAGCAACUGAGGAAAAAUCAGACGGAUGACCAAUUGCAGAUCGUGGAACGGCUUGCCGACAUGGCGCUUCCUGUCUUCCAGGAAAUUUUCUCGAGCGACUUCGACUGCGUCGGCACAGCAGCGCUUUUUGCGGUCGCGAAAUUCGUUUUCCCGUCGCUCGUUCGCGGACUGCAAAUCCAUCAAAGCGCCGCCGUCGGGGUUUCGCUAGAGGGCUGUGAAUCUCUCUGUAAGUUGCUUCGCUUGCUCUUUCUUAGCGCGGCUGAGCAGGAGGACGGCGAGACUCUUCUGCGUAAUCGGGAGAACGUAGUGGAGCCUUUGCAAAACUAUUUGCUGCGAACGUUUUUGUACUACUGCAGCGAAGCGGAGCUUGCACACCUGCACGGUAUCAGCCGGAUGUUUUUCGGUGAUUUUGCAGUGCCGAUGUUCGCUUACCUGGAGCAGCAGAUUCAAGCUGAAGGAGACAUCAGUGAGCGAUUGCAGCAUGGUUUGGCUUUCUUUCCAGGAUACCAGAACGCGCUAGAGGAAAAUUUGAAUCGGCCCAAAAACGGGCACCAGCUUGGUGAUGACAUGCCUACCCCGUGGACGAGUGCGCUUUUUGUAGCCUGUGCGAAACGAGGUACCCGACUGCCCGUGGAGCUUCGGCUAUGCAGCAACACAGACCCCGGGAUCGAUUUGCCGUCAGGGCUCGACUUCCUGUUUGUGCCCGCAAUGCUUUGGCGGCUUCGUUUGCAGAGCAAGAAAACGAAAAGCAACUCGCCGCUCGUCGCGCUCUUUGCCUCUCCAGAUUCGGCAGCCACCGUUUUUCUUCCGGGACAGCCGGAGUCGGACAUGGAACAGCUUCGCCGUACGAACCUACGCGCACUUGGAAUUACUCAAUUGUAUCGCUGUCAGUGCGGGUAUCACUACGGAAUCGGUGAUUGUGGCGAAGCCAUGGUGACUGGAACCUGUCCGAUGUGUGGGCGAGGCAUUGGCGGCGAGCACCAUCGCGUAGUCAACACAAGUCAGCGCGUCAAUAUUGCUGCUGGCGAAGGACCACUAAAGGUGGGCUUCGCCCCAGAGCUGUGUCCGGCGAAUCUCGAUACGCAUGUGCGGAAUUUCCGUCCGGCAACAUGGCGGCUCUCGCAGAUUCUGCUCUUUCUGUCGAUUAUUGUCUCGCCGAAUCAAAGACUUUUCGUUGCCGAUCGGGAGCGCUACGCACAGGCUUUGCGCGAGAAUGUCCUUGCCUGGCAGCGCCUGUUGAACGCGUCCACACAGAAAGACGCAAUGCACUUUCUGACAGUCUGUAUCUUGCAACUUGCGGACGGAGUAUUUGACCUUGCAGCCCCUGGCCACGUGACAGAAGUAUCGCGGGCAAAUUUCGAAGACUCCUACCGCAACGAGCUGCAGAGCUGUAUGGACGAGGUCUCGACUGACGACAAACGAAGCGCGCUCUUGCGACAGAUGGCAGCCGCGGAGUCAACCGCGGUCACUACACCGCUCGACAAGCUCCGUGAUUCGUACAUCAGUAACUUGUCACCCCAGGAGCAAACGCGACAGUACGCCCCGGAGCGCCUGGCCCUUGGCGCACCCGAACAAGAAGAUUGUAACGACAGGCAACUGAGCGAGUGGUGGGACACUCUACUCGAGGAGGAGCAGGCGGUGCUCCCUUUUGCGCAGAUGCUCAUGCGAGGGUCAAGCGACAAGUUCAAUGAUUACCAGCGCCUGUUCGCACAUUUUCCGUGCUUGGUCGCGGGACUGCGAAUUCUCCACGAGCAGGGAUCGGGCGUUCUGAGAGCCGAAACGGACGAGGAGACUGAACUCGUAACACUGUUUGCCCUACAUGGACGAGGGGUGCGGGAAGAAGCCGACGAUUGUACGGAGCAGGUAUCCUUCACGCAGUUUCAGACCGCGUGGAACGAAAUUAGCCAGUUGCAUGUGCAGUUUGAGUGCCAAACCAAUUUGCGUCCGCCGGGUAUCGAAGGCACCUGUGCACCAGCAAAAAGCUUCGUGGUUUUCAACCCUUCGACGAUUCUACCGGAGAAGCGCAGUGCGCAGAACCUGAGUUUCUCGCUCCUAGAGCAUCUGGUGAAGCAACACAACAGCCUGUUGGACGAACUCUUUUUGCCCAUGCGCCUUCCAGUCAUCGAUCUCUUCACGGGCGGUUUAGUUGGCGGCGGAAAGUUUGGGCUCGAUAAGCCCACCGCUCGGAUUGGUGCAGGAAUUUUGCAUCGGCCGCACGUAGACCAGGCUCUGCAGCGUCUCCGCGAUGAGCUGCUGCUGGUGCGACAAUUGGAGAAACGGUGCCACAACGAAGGGCAAGAGGGGGACUGGAAGCGCAGUAUCUUGGAGCGGUUUCGUUUUUUCGAGGAGUGCAUGCGUGUGGAACUGUCUUCGCAGUCGCAAGUUUGCAAAUUCUCGCUAAACUCCUGGCCGAUGUUUCGCUUCGGAGAGGCGAGAACUGGCGGUAGUUCAAUCGCGGGAAAUUUGUGCCCCCAUCUGUUUCACGUGGCACCGCAGGAAGAUCUGUCUUGCGCAGCGGUGCAAGGGUUGGAGAAGUGGCUGCGCGAGGAGAAUGGACGAAGUCACGAACUGCUCCAGAAGCUUCGGAACGUGGCCGCCACGCAUGAUUCCGUGGAAGUUUCUGCCGAAGGCAAGCUCCCCGUUGUCGGCAUUUCCUGGCAGGGGGUCUUGCGCUUGAAGCACUUCAACCACCUGAGUACGGUGGUAGAGAAGGUUUUAGCGCGGGGCAUCGAUGUAGCGCAAUUGUUGGGCUUUGGGUAUGAGGAACCCCUGUCCAACAUCCAGCAAGAUCAGGUGGCCAAGUUUGCGGGUUUGCACCCCGUACAUGCACAGGAGCUUGCAGCGCAUAUGCGAGAGGUCAUGCGGCACCUUCAAGGCCAACCUCCGCAGGCUGCUGCGCUUCUCCGUGACUGGCUGAUCGAAUAUGAAGGCAUCUUUCUCGAGCAAGCCAUUCCCGAGGAUUGCUUGCUGACGCAGCUGCUUACUGUUUACAGAGUUUUUGAGAGAAGUCAGUAAAAAGUUGGUCGCUGAUGUUUGUGUUUUCAAUCUGAAAGAAUGUCAACUUAUUCCAUAUCGUAGAAGGUCUUGCUCGAGAUCUUCAUCUACACUUAGAUUCUAGUACGAAGCAAGCCUUUGUUUGAUGGUAAUGAAUUUUUGUACUACUCGCAAACGCAAUCCCAUUGAUGUGCGACUUCGUCCGCCCUCAUUCGUGAUUCCAUGGCGGAUUUUUCUAGGGGAACCCAUCGCCGGUGGCCCUCCCUUACUCAUUCAAGUCAAUAUCGGCAUCCUGAUUCUGGAUGGACGGCUACCAAUCUUCGCCCGCAGUUGCAGUUGGCC